AUGUUCUCCGUCGUCAUUCCCGGCCGACCAUGCCUAACAGACAUUGUCGCCGUCGACGGCCAACCCAACGGCCAAGCUACGAAAUUCGCCUUCUCAAUCCCGGUGAGCGCAUCAUUCAAAGAGCUCGUGGUCUUCUUCCUCCCGGGGACGGUCUUGCCGCCCAACACCGGCGCCGCCAUCUAUAUCCAGCUUCCAGACCCGAAUACUGGAUCCCCGACGGAAUUCCGCUUCAUCGGCGCACUCGCCAACGAGAGACCCUCGGGCAUUUUCAAGAUCCACCCACCUUCACAAUUACCCAACGGCCAACAGAGACGCAGCGAAGCCGAAGAAGAAGAUGAGAUGCUCGACGAAGGGGCCAGUAACUCCGGGACUGGCAGCGGCGGUGUCGCAACGCUAGGAAUCUCAAUCGAGCCCGCGCAGAACAUUGCGCCGCAAUUAUCGGCGCUGGAAGCAGAACGCGCUGGCGCUGGCGCUGGCGCUGGCACCGGCACCGGGGAUCAAAGUCCGGAACAGCAACGGCAGAAGCAAAUCUCGACCAAGGUGCUUGCGCAACGCAUCAUCGGAAGCGCGUUCAACUUCCUGGCGAGCUUUGCGGAGAGUGAUCCAUCGCGGAAAGGUCAUGAGGUGGUGCCUUUGAAGAGCUUCCGUGACUGGUGGAGCAAGUUUGAGAGACGGAUUGAGAUGGAUCCGGGGUUCUUGGAGCGCGAAGAUCCGAAUGCAACUUGA